GCAGGUUUAUAUCCGCGGAGGAUCAGCUGACGCCCUGCAUUGCAGACUGCGGAGUCACGCGGAGCCAUGUACACCCUCUUCCUUCUGUCUAGCCUCCUGGGCGCGGCUCUAGGCAGCCCUGUCCUGGGCCUAAAAGAAUGCACCAGAGGCUCAGCAGUGUGGUGUCAGAAUGUGAAGACGGCGGCCGACUGUGGGGCUGUGAAGCACUGUCUGCAGACCGUUUGGAGCAAGCCGUCGGUGAAAUCCCUUCCCUGUGACAUUUGCAAAGAUGUCAUCACCGCAGCUGGAGACAUGUUGAAAGACAAUGCCACUGAGCAAGAGAUCCUCGUGUACUUGGAGAGGACCUGUGACUGGCUUCCUAAGCCGAACAUGUCUGCCUCGUGCAAGGAGAUAGUCGACUCCUACCUCCCAGUCAUCUUGGACAUGAUUAAAGGACAAAUGAGCCAUCCCGGAGAGGUGUGCUCUGCUCUCAAUCUCUGCGAGUCUCUUCAGAAGCAUCUGGCAGAGCUGAAUCACCAGAAGCAGCUUGAGUCCAAUAAGAUCCCAGAACUGGACAUGGCUGAGGUGGUGGCUCCCUUCAUGGCCAACAUCCCCCUCCUUCUCUACCCUCAGGAAGGCCCCCGCAGUGAGCCCCAGCCAAAGGCUGGCGGAGAUGUUUGCCAGGACUGCAUUCAGAUGGUGACUGACAUCCAGAAUGCUGUAAGGACCAACUCCACCUUUGUCAAGGCCUUGGUGGACCAUGCCAAGGAGCAGUGCGACCGCCUGGGGCCUGGCAUAGCCGACAUGUGCAAGAACUACAUCAACCAGUAUUCUGAAAUUGCUGUCCAAAUGAUGAUGCACAUGCAACCCAAGGAGAUUUGUGGUCUGGUUGGGUUCUGUGACGAAGUGAAGGAGAUGCCCAUGCAGACUCUGAUCCCUGGCAACGUGGUCUCAGAGAAUGUCAUCCCUGCCCUGGAACUGGUGGAGCCCAUUAAGAAGGACGUGGUCCAGGCAAAGGCUGAUGUUUACUGCGAGGUGUGUGAGUUAGUGGUGAAGGAGGUGGUCAAGCUGAUCGACAACAACAGGACCGAGGAAGAAAUACUUCAUGCUUUGCAUAAAGUGUGCUCAAAAUUGCCCGCGUCUUUAUCAGAGGAGUGCCAGGAGGUGGUGGACACUUACGGCAGCUCCAUCCUGUCAAUCCUCCUGCAGGAGGCGAGCCCUGAACUGGUGUGCAGCAUGCUCCAUCUCUGCUCCUCCCAGGAGCUGCCUGCACUGACUGCACACGUGACUCAGCUGAAGGACGGUGGCUUCUGUGAGGUGUGCAAGAGGCUGGUUAGCUAUUUGGACCGCACCCUGGAGAAAAACAGCACAAAGGAGGAGAUCCUGGCUGCUCUUGAGAAAGGCUGCAGCUUUCUGCCUGACCCUUACCAGAAGGAGUGUGAUCAGUUCGUGACUCAGUAUGAGCCCGUGCUGCUAGAAAUCCUGGUGGAGGUGAUGGAGCCUUCCUUCGUGUGCUUGAAAAUUGGAGCCUGCCCCGCAGCCCAUAAGCCUCUUUUGGGAACUGAGAAGUGUGUCUGGGGCCCAAGCUACUGGUGCCAGAACAUGGAGUCAGCAACCCAGUGCAACGCUGUCGAGCAUUGCAAACGUCACGUGUGGAACUAGAAGAAACAUUCCAUCUUGGAGAAACCGCAGCAUCUUUUCCUGCUUGUGUGUCUGCGGGAAUGAACACACAGCUCUGUUGACUCUGUUAUAAAAUUAGGGCCCCCUUUCCCUCACUCCAUUUCUUGUCUCCCUUAUCGUAGCAUUGCUGUCAGCACAGGAGGUGCCGAGCCCACUGCUGGCACAGCUACUUCGGUGUCCCUUUUCUCUCUGUUGGAUGUAUGAUGACGUACUGCGCACUGGAGGUCCUUUAGCCUGCUCUUGCAUGGUGGUCAUCUGGAGGAGGGGGAGGGGGGCUCUGGGUGGUGGUGUGAGCCAGAGCUGCUUGACAGAGGCUGUCCAUCCUCUCGGCUGGGGCCUUGUUCUGAGGCCUCCGCCUACCCUAAGGAGGGCCCUCCUCUUCCUGGGCCAACAUGUUGGCUGCUAUACAAAGAAGUGAAACAAAGGCAGUUGUAUAUGAAAGGUUAGAGGCACAGAACAAUUAGGAUUUUGAAACACCGUAGUUCUCACUGUUAAUAGAGGUUUUGGAAGCAGCUGCUCAGGAGACCUGGGUGGGGCUGGGGUGUGCUGCCCCUGGGUCAGCCUUUGAUUCAGCUUUCCUGUGUCUUGCCUGGUGAUGCUUUGUUUGGGGUUCUGUGGGUUUGGGUGGGAGGGGGAAGUCUGCCUGAAUGUAAUCUGCUAGCUCUCUGGAGGUCCUGUGGCCCUGGCUUUCGUGUGUGUGUGUGUGUGUGUGUGGACAGUGGUGACCGCCUCAUGCCUGCUCUUAUGUCUGCCUGGCUGCUGAGGCCCUGCUCUGUGUCUCUGCCCUGCUGCCCGGGCCCACCAUUGCUCUGGGCAGUCAGUCCUCUCACCUCUGACCCCAUUUCAUAGAUGUUCUUUUUGACCUUCAAAUAAAUGUGGCCCCUGGCAUCCGGGUAGAGGGCCUGCUGUCUGGGGGCCUGGGCUGCUGCUCUGCCUCCUCUGGUUUGGGUGCAUCUUCUGUUCCACUCUGGUUGCCAGGGAACCACAAGACGCAGUUGCUUUGAGACUUAGGAUUGUUUUGUUUGUUUUGCAUUAAAGUUUCUGUGAUUUAACAAUAAAGUCUGUCAGCCACA